GAGUAAAAGGCGAGAGAGAGGGAGGGGCGGGGGAGGAUGCUGGCGGACCGAGGCGGGACAUCUCAGCAUCCUCAGUCCUCCCGCACGUCUCGUCGAGUGCACAUGCGCCAUCUUCACCGCCACCGUCAGCGAAAGGACAGCUGAAGCCACGUCCCCCCAUGACUUUGAUUUGGCUGCUGUCGACUUCCCCGAGACACUGCGCGUCAACACCCAGGCCGUGGACGUACACUUCCGACUAUCAGAAUACAACUUCUAUGUGGAACCAGAGUUGAAGAGGGAGCCUCAGAGACGAUUGGUGAAUUGGUCACGGCCCGCAGCCUCCCUCCACGUCUCCCUCCUCCUCAGCCACACCGCCACUUCCUUUGCUUCCCGUCUUUGUUCCUCCUCCCCGCCACUAUGUCUCGCCUGGCCUCCUUCCUCGUCCUCCUCUCCCUGCUGCCACCCUGCCAGUCAGAGUCCCAGCGCGGCGCAGCGGGCAGCGACCUCGACCAUCGAGUGGUCUCCGCCUCCAUGCUGCCCUCCUCCGGGACUUACGGGAACAGCAGCGUGCCCGGACGCGGGAAAUGUGAUGACGUGACGGUGUGCAGGCCGGGCAUCCUGCUGCCCGUUUGGCAGCCCAAUGAUCCGGGCCUUGGAAACCAGGUGGCCAGAGCCGUGGUCUACUUUGUGUCACUCAUGUACAUGUUUCUGGGCGUGUCCAUCAUUGCAGACCGCUUCAUGGCGUCCAUUGAGGUCAUCACAUCACAGGAGAAGGAAGUGACCAUCACUUUGCCAAAUGGCGAAACAUCAGUGGCGACUGUUCGAAUCUGGAAUGAAACCGUGUCUAAUCUCACCCUCAUGGCUCUGGGCUCCAGCGCCCCAGAGAUCCUGCUGUCUGUUAUAGAGGUGUGUGGUCACCAAUUCAAGGCAGGCGAGUUAGGGCCGGGAACCAUCGUCGGGAGCGCCGCCUUCAACAUGUUCGUAAUCAUCGGCAUCUGCGUGUGGACCAUCCCCAAAGGCCAAGUGCGCAAGAUCAAGCACCUCAGAGUUUUCUUCAUCACCGCCUUCUGGAGCAUCUUCGCCUACAUCUGGCUAUACCUCAUCCUGUCCGUCAUGUCACCCGGCGAAGUGGAGGUGUGGGAAGCCUUGGUGACGCUGCUGUACUUCCCAGUGUGCGUCCUCCUGGCCUGGAUUGCCGACCGCCGCCUGCUUUUUUACAAGUACAUGGGCAAGCGUUACCGCGCCGACAAACGCCACGGCAUCGUCGUGGAAAUGGAGGGAGACUUGACGCCCAACAAGGGCGGCAUGGAGAUGAUCGCGGACGGCAAGUUCCUGCCACGAGGUGGCACUGUAGUGCCGGCUGAGAUCUAUGGAAAUGGUGACGGUGGAGCGGGCGUGGCGGCCAACAACGUUGGUGUGACAGCAGGGUCCUCAUCGGCGGGAGCUGGGGGAAACCUGCCCAGCUCCAACAACGCUAUGGCCAACUUGGAGACCAGUCGGGAGCUGGAUGAGAGUCGCAAGGAGGUAAUUCGCAUCUUGAAGGAGCUGAAGCAGAAGUAUCCCGACAAAGAACUGGACCAGCUGAUGGAGCUGGCCAACUACUACGCGCUGCUGCACCAACAGAAGAGCCGAGCCUUCUACCGCAUACAGGCCACUCGCAUGAUGAUCGGAGCCGGGAACGUCCUGAAGAAGCACGCCGCCGACCACGCCCGCCGCGCUGUCGUCACUGACGAGGAGGCGCCGGAAGACGACGACCUGGCCGUGUGCAGCCGCAUCUCCUUCGAAAGUGCACACAGUCAGUGCAUGGAGAACUGUGGCGUCCUCACGCUGGCCGUUGUCUGCCAAGGGGGCCUGGGAGAGAACACUUUCUACGUGGAUUACAGGACCGAGGACGGUUCGGCCAAUGCCGGCUCCGAUUACGAGUACAGCGAAGGAACUCUGGUGUUCAAACCUGGAGAGACGCGCAAGGAGAUUAAGGUUGGGAUCAUCGACGAUGACAUAUUCGAGGAGGACGAGCACUUCUUUGUACGUCUACUCAACCUGCGUGUCGGCGACGCAGAGGGGAUGUUUGAGAGCGACGAGGUGGGCGCCAUCCCCAAAGCUCGCCUGAUGGAGCCCCUGGUCGCCACGGUGACCAUCCUGGACGACGACCACGCCGGGAUCUUCACCUUCAGCGAGCGCAUGGUGCGGGUGAGCGAGAGCGUGGGCACCAUGGAGGUGACGGUGGUGCGCAACUCGGGCGCCCGCGGCACAGUCAUCCUGCCCUACCACACCGAGUCGGGCACGGCGAAGGCCGGCGAGGACUUUGAGGAUGCGCAGGGGGAGCUGGAGUUCACUAACGACCAGACCACUCAAACACUCCUGGUGAGGAUAAUCGAUGAUGAAGAAUAUGAAAAACACGAAAACUUUUUCAUCGUCUUGGAGGAGCCACGCUGGCUGAAGAGAGGAAUCUCAGCCCUGCUGCUCAGCCAAGAGGGGGCGGAGGGACAGCUGAGUGCGGAGGAGGAGGAGGCCCGACGGAUCGCUGAGAUGGGGAAGCCCAUCCUGGGAGAGCAUAGUCGCCUGGAGGUGGUCAUUGAGGAGUCCUACGAGUUCAAGAGCACCGUCGACAAGCUCAUUAAGAAGACCAACUUGGCGCUGGUCAUCGGCACGCACUCCUGGAGGGAGCAGUUUGUGGAGGCGGUCACUGUGAGCGCAGGUGACGGCGACGAUGACGAGGAGGAUCGGGAGGAGCGCCUCCCUUCCUGCUAUGACUACGUCAUGCACUUCCUCACCGUCUUCUGGAAGGUUCUGUUUGCCUGCGUACCCCCCACAGAGUACUGGAACGGCUGGGCCUGCUUCUGUGUCUCCAUCAGCGCCAUCGGCCUCCUCACCGCCUUCAUCGGAGACUUGGCGUCACACUUUGGCUGCACGGUGGGACUCCGGGACACGGUGACGGCCGUGGUGUUUGUGGCUCUGGGAACGUCCAUUCCAGACACGUUUGCCAGCAAAGUGGCCGCCAUACAAGACCAACAUGCCGACGCCUCUGUCGGAAAUGUCACCGGCAGCAACGCCGUCAACGUCUUCCUGGGAAUCGGCGUGGCGUGGUCCGUGGCCGCCGUCUAUUGGAAGAUCAAUGGGAAACCGUUCAAGGUGGAUCCGGGCUCACUGGCUUUCUCCGUCACGCUCUUCACCAUCUUUGCUUUCGUCUCCAUGGGCGUGCUCUUGUUCCGACGCCGGCCCUCCAUCGGCGGCGAGCUGGGUGGCCCCCGGGUAUCCCGCAUCCUGACGAGCUUGCUGUUCUUUGGCCUGUGGUUCCUCUACAUCCUCUUUUCCAGCCUGGAGGCGUACUGCCACAUCAAUGGCUUCUAAGCAGGAGAUGACCAACGUAGUUCCAAAGCAACACACACACACACUUUGACACGCUACAGGUGUAGGUUAAGAGGGCUCUUUGAUGCACACACACACACACACACAAUCUCACACACACAUACACGCUCACACACACACGUACGCUCGGAUAAAGUGAUGACAGCAAACUCGGGUACAAGCAAUUUAGAUGGCAAAAGAAAGUCUGCUGAUGGCGAGAAGAGCAAAGUGAAUGUAGCGUUGACGUGGAUGCAAAUUAAGGUUCUAUCAGAGGAUGGCAUUGCCGUCGGAAAAGUGUUUGCCCAAGAAAAUCCCCCCCCUCCCCACUCAGCGGUUCCAGACAAGGAGGGGGAUGAAAUGGAGUCGAAUGUUUACAUUGACUUUAUGUACUGCACGGGAAGCUUGUUAUGUGUUUACACGGCUAAUGGACACAUCAGAGGAAGGCACUUCUCAACACGCGCUGUAAAUAGAAACUGCACAUCUCGAGGGAGGCGCCCUCCAAUGUUUGUUAGGGGGCCCCAUACUGCGAACCAUCAGUGGGAGGAAUCAAGGUGUCGCCAUCAUCCUGCACGGUUUGCAUAGUAACAAUAUCCCUGGAGAAGGGGGACUUUUUGAGCAUGUGUAGCCAGAUGUUGCCAUCACCGUCACCCCGUAUGUCAAGUAGAAUUUUACCGUAAAUAGCCAUACUCGCAUUUGUGCGCUGGUGUGUGUGUGUGUGUGUGUGUGUGUGUGUGUGUGUGUGUGUGUGUGUGUGUGUGUGUGUGUGUGUGUGUGUGUGUGUGUGUGUGUGUGUGUGUGUGUGUGUGUGUGUGAUUACAGUCAUGGCACUAGGAGUGCUAGUGGGGCCAAUAAUCCUCUACCGCACUACUACUACUUGAUCUUGCAGCAGUGGUGAAAGGGACUGCAUGGGUGGUACAAUUUAGCAGAUAAAGCCAUGAAAUUAUUUCACGUGUGUUCAACAUGGAGGCACAACUAGUCAUUUUACAGAGGAUCUGGACUUGUACAUUACUUUGGGCCCACACAAUGUUUCAUGACACCACCCAUACAAUGCCUUAACUACUACAGCCUCCAGCUGUGAGAUCACUUGUUCUCACCGAACUUGUCGUCGCGUCACUUCCGAUUGGUUCCUCACUGCAAUCGGUGCAAGUAGUUAUCGACCAAGGGAUGCGUGUCUGGAUGUGGCCGGAGUCGAGGUGCGUCAAAACGGAUGCGGCGCUAUUAAAUCAAGUCCAGUACCUGUAAUAGUGUUUUAGUAUUAGUCGCUGCUCGCUAGAUUUAGUAGAGGCGGAUAAGUGCUGCACGGUAUUGCACAGGAGGAAUGGAACAUAAAUUCAAGUCAAUGGUCCAGGUCAUUGCAUUUUCAGGGCAUUCAGUCAAUCGCAACUGGAAUGUUUGGUUUGUCUUAGAAGACGUUUCGCUUCUCAACCAUGUAGGCUUCAUCAGUUCAUGCUCAUAGACUUAGAUUAGUCUACCAUGAAUUGACCAACGUGGACCCCGACUUAAACAAGUUGAAAAACUUAUUCGGGUGUCACCAUUUAGUAGUCAAUUGUACGGAAUAUGUACUUAACUGUGCAAUCUACUAGUAAAAGUAUCAAUCAAUCAAUCAAUCAGUCAGAUCUCGUCUUCGAUUGGUCAGAUGCAAAAGAGUAAUCGUACUCUAGAUGCCAAGGACAAGUCGUUGAAGGGGAAUUUCCCCUCGUGAGCAUUGAGGUAUUGUGUGGCAGAACUAUUGCUGUGGAUCGACCACUGUCAGCCCAAAAUAGUCGGAAUCACUCAGCUUAGCAUUUCAUUCAGUUGUAAACAAAUGGCACAAAGUAUAGUCUAUGACCACAAUUUUUCUAACUUCUGUUAUUUGUUGGAUGCUCAGUUGCAGAGUCUUUGAACCAUUCCUAAAAGACUAACAGGUUGAUCCACAGCAAUUAUUCUGACACUCAAUGCUACCAAGGGGAAAUUCCACUUCAACGACUGACAUGCUCUUUUGCAUGUCAACAGUUUUUAUCACUACGAUAGGGCAGAACCAUCCUUGCCAAGGCACAACAACUUGGUGUUGGAGUAUAAAUAUUUGGGGUUUUGGCACCAGCCACCUGACUAGAUGUGAUCAAUCUCAGUCUAAGACUAAAUUUUACUAAUAUCAGUCUAAGAUUAAAUCUGACCAAUCUCCUUCUAAGACUAAAUCUGACGAAUCUCAGUCUAAGACUAGAUCUGACCAAUCUUAGUCUAAGACUAGAUUUGAACAAUCUCAGUCUAAGACUAAAUCUGACCAAUCUUAGUCUAAGACUAGAUCUGACCAAUCUCAGUCUGACUAGAUCUGACCAAUCUAAGUCUUUUGGCAUGACCUGAUGAAGCCUACUUGGAUGAGAGGCGAAAUGUCUUCUAAGACAAAUCGAACAAUCCAGUUGAAUGCCCUUAAAACAUACAUUCAAAUAUUUGCAUUUUAAGUUACCAAAACCAUCGGUUGUACGCAACGAGCAGAUUCGAGACUAAAACUGAACACCAUCAGUGGAGGCAUGGAGGAAAAUGUCUUUGCACUGUAGUAUGAGUAUGAGCCCAGACUAGAAGCAACGCUCGUGCGACAAAUUCUCCCAGAUGAUUGUUUGUUGUCAUAUUCUACGUUCUUUACAUCCUAACAUGCACGGUGAUGUCGCAGUGCAUCAGCAGAGUUGUCAACAUUUUGUCUUUCGGACUACAAGUGCUGUACAAGUGUGUUUUGUGUUCCGUGAGAUCAAAAAGUUCUGUUUGCCUGAACAAAGCCAACUUUGUACCCUUUCUAGAGCUAAUUUUGUAUAUUUUCCUCGCAGGUUCAACAGAGGUAGGUUUUUUUUUGUACAGUACUUCUGGACAAUGUUUAGAGUGGUCUCAGUGUCCACAAACACUAGAGUUUACAUGACUUGAGUCGAUUACAUUUUGAUACAAGUCUCCUUUGAGUGCUAGGCUACCAUAACCAAGCGUAUCCAAUUUACUGAAAUAACCGUGUGUGCUUACUGCUGUUUGAGUUGAAGAGCAUUUAUUUGUGUUUAUGAAGAAACAAGCUGUGCCGCAGGUCCUUGAUUUUAAUGUGCAAUACAGAAAACAUGUCUUUCUCUAUUAGCUUGGACAUGAGGUCGUCUUCUCCGUCUGUGCCAGUGUUUGUCGCUCUUCAUCCUGCUCCUACAACGGGGGCGCUGUUUUGAGUGUACGUAGCAUGUUUACAUGAAGAAACGGUGUGGAACAUUGGCAGAUUAUAUGGACAGAGGAGGGUUUCCAAACAUGAGGUUGCGUCAAGACUUAAGAUGGCGCGUCACGAAAAUGCACAUGUUGAACUCAGACCCCAAAGCAGAUCUGUCAACAGCCGGCCAAUGUUCCGUGUUUCCAUUUGGCUUCGGCCUUUGUUGUUCUCUAGUUAGAUGUGUUGCCCCCGACCCCUACCUAGUGUGGGCGUGUUUGCGUUCUCCAUGUUUCUCCGGCUGCAUGACCACCCCCAUGCAUCCCUAUGUGUUUUUAGCAGCAUGUGAAGGACACCUAUUGGCAUAUUUAAUAGGGUCCCUGCAAUCCCAACUUCAGAGGCGCUGGGUGGAUCAAAUAAGCAAGUGACCCAAAUAUCAGUGUCAUGUUCUUGCCUUUGGGGAACUGUCAAAAUAAGAACCCACUUUGUUCGGCCGCGGCAACAUUUCGACGCAAUGUCGCCAAUCUGUUUGAUUGUUGAUGUACAAUAUCUGUGUUGUGUUUGUGUCCCCUCCCUUGUCCCACCUAUGUCUCGUUCUUCUGUGUCUUUGUGUGAACAUCUCUCUCUGCCUGACCCUUUGUAGAGAAAAAAAAAACAAUUACAUGUGUUUGACAUUUAACUCAUUAACUCAGAGUAAUAUUUAAGUUUUCUAUGAAAUGUACAAAAAAAAAUUCCAAAAUGAUGCUUGUUUUCAGAACAUGCAUGAGGUGUAUUGUGUUGGUCAACAGAGGUUGACCUUACAUAUUUGAAUAUAUUUUAUUUAUUUUCAAACCA